UCCCCGUUGCCGCCGGGCCGGCCGAGGGCCGGGACUGCAUCUCCCAGCAGCCCUCGCGCGCAUGCGCCGGAUCCGCGUCGGGAUGCGGGCGGCGCGCGGAGCCAUGGCCAACUUCCGCCUGGCUCUUAUUCAGCUUCAUGUAUCUGCUGUUAAAUCAGAUAACCUUCAACGAGCCUGCGGACUGGUGAGAGAAGCAUCAGCUAAAGGAGCAAAAGUUGUGGCUCUACCUGAAUGCUUUAAUUCUCCAUACGGAACUAAAUACUUCAAGGAGUAUGCGGAGAAGAUCCCUGGAGAAUCAACACAGAAGCUGUCAGAAGUUGCAAAGGAGUGCAGCGUAUAUCUUGUUGGAGGAUCCAUUCCAGAAGAGGAUGGUGGGAAGCUGUAUAAUACAUGUACUGUCUUCGGGCCUGAUGGUGCUAUGUUGGCAAAGCAUAGGAAGGUUCAUUUGUUUGACAUUAAUAUUCCUGGGAAGAUACAGUUCAAAGAGUCUGAAACACUGAGUCCAGGGAAUAGUUUCUCCGUGUUUGAUACUCCAUACUGUAAAGUGGGCCUGGGCAUCUGCUAUGAUAUCAGAUUUGCUGAGAUGGCUCAAGUCUACGGACAGAAAGGUUGCCAGCUGCUGAUAUAUCCAGGGGCUUUUAACCUGACAACAGGACCAGCUCAUUGGGAACUGCUGCAAAGGGGGCGGGCUGUUGAUAAUCAAGUCUAUGUGGCUACUGUAUCUCCUGCUAGAGAUGAAAAAGCAUCAUAUGUUGCCUGGGGACACAGCACUGUAGUAAAUCCGUGGGGUGAAGUCAUAGCCAAAGCUGGGGCUGAGGAAACAGUUAUAUACACAGAUAUAGAUUUGAUGAAACUUGCAGAAAUACGUCAACAAAUUCCUAUUUUAAGCCAGAAGCGUUGUGAUCUCUAUGGCAUAGAGAUGAAAAAGUGAAGCUGGGUGAAUAGGGACGGUUCAGUUGGCACGAUGACUGCUGCUUUUUGUUUGUUUUAAAUUAACUUGGUAUAAUACUAAACUUGAUUCAAAUACAGCUUUUAUAUCUCUUCUCAUA